GAAGUAGGCUUUGCCGAACUCCGCCGACAGUCCCUUCCUCCAGCUCUCUCCGAACCCCGGCGGUGUCUGAGCCGCGGCGAGCUUCUCCAGUGCCGCCCUCUUGUUGCGGGCGAUCCGGUCCAGCUGGUCCGGGGACAGAGGCGAGGGAGACGGGCUGCGGGGCUCCGGCGUCCCCGCACAGGGCUUCUGCUUCUUCUGCACAAUUUUAGUGUAUUGAGCAAAACACAGAGCAGCAUCUUACUGCAAUGGAAAAGUUUGUGAUUGGAGAACAGAGUAAACGCUCUUCCACCAGCGAUGUCCAAAAAAGUCCAAAGAAGAAGAUGAAACUGGAGAUAAGUGAGAGGAUGAAGGAGGAGGAUGCUGAGGAGGAUGAGGAUGCAGCUUCAGCAGAGUUCUCCCAUCCUGUUCCCUGGAGAAAAAUAGAGGCAGACAGACUGGACUGUGAUUAUGCAUUGCUCUUCUCUAAACAGGAAGCAGACCAGCUUUUUAAACAGCUGGAGGAGGAGGUGGUCUACUCAACAGGAGAGAGAGCAAAGGUGCAUGUGUUUGGAAAGAUGCACGAUAUACCAAGAAAGCAGGCAACAUACGGAGAUGUGGGUCUAAUUUACACGUACUCUGGGGUGAAACAUUCGGCCCGCCCAUGGACUCCAACCCUGGAGCACAUUCGGGAUGCUGUCACCAAAACGACAGGACGGACAUUCAACUUUGUCCUGGUCAACAGGUACAAAGACGGGCUGGACCGCAUGGGUGAGCAUCGGGACGACGAGAGGGAGCUGGACCCGGUUUCUCCCAUCGCCUCCGUCUCUUUUGGAGCAGCACGAGACUUCAUCUUCAGGCACAGAGACGCUCGAGGGAAGCAGAGCUGCCGACAGAUUGAACCCGUGAAGCUGGAGCUCGCUCACGGAAGCCUUCUCCUCAUGAACCCGCCGACCAACACCUUCUGGUACCACAGCCUUCCUGUUCGCAAGAAGGUCCUCUCGCCUCGCAUCAACCUCACCUUUAGACGCAUCAUACCGGCCAGCAAGAAAUGAGACCAAGCGGAGUGUAGAUGGUGAGCUGGACCAGAUGUACUGCUGCCCAGGAGAGACUAAGAGACAGUGGAGCUUCAGUUUAGGCAAAGGUCCUCUGGAGCAUCAACUCAUCCCAACUUCAGAGUGUGUUUAGUAAUGUUGCAGCUGAAUCUGAGAGAUUAAACAAGAGUAAAGUGAAAUAAGUGAAAACUUUCAGCAAAAUCCUUCAACCACCACUUCAGCUUAUUUUAGGAAGAUGUUAGUUUUGUAUAGCAGCUGACAGCCUUAAUAAAAACCUCAUUCCAUCUCAAAUCAUCACAUUUUUAUCACUAUUUCUGCUCAACCAUCUCUGAUUUGCCUGAAAUCUUUAUAGUACAAAAUCUGGAUAUUUAUAAAGACAUCUGUGGAGGUUUAGAUUCAUAUAGCAAAUGCUUUCAGAUUUCUUUCUUUCUUUCUUGAGGCUUAAAUGAUAUAAAUAUAAUGUAUAAAUAUCUCAGUAACUUUUAAAGAUAAAAGCCUGACAUUUUUUGCGAUUAUUUGUACAACAUUGAACAUGUAGAUCAGAUAAUCUUCAAUUAUGGGUGAGUUGAAAUGUGAAUAAAUUUAAGCCUUUGUAAAAAGUCAGAUCGUUAAAAAAAAAAAAAGGUUGUUGGUGUCGCAAAAACAAAACUGUUGCUCUAUCGCCUAAUCCAACUGGUUCUUCAAAUAUAACUGGGAAUUAUUUUUAUUUUUUUAAAAUAUAUGCCCAGAAAUUCUAGUGAAAUGUCAAGCUUUCAUCCUUUAUUGUCUCUGUAAUGUUUUCAUUCAAGCAUAGCUUCAAAUCUCAAUGUGCUAAAAAACAAGCCGAAAGUGGGUCGACGGGAUUAAAAAAAAAAAAAAAAGUAAUCUUAGAAAGUAAUUGAUAUAUCAAACUAAAGUUUCUCAGAUACUGUUUUAAAUCAAGCAAAUCAGAGAUGGCUGAUCAGAAGGCUCUGUUGAUCUGAGAUGGGAAAACCCUUGAACAAUUCAACCUUAUAUGAAACAUCACUGGUUCUUACUGAAUGUGGCCCAUUUAGACGAUAUUCAACUACUUGUGUUGAAGCUGUAAAAUAACAGGUCUCUGUGUGUUAAAUGCAAAUUGAGCCUUCAACAUGUUGGAGGAGAGCUGUAUAAGCAGUUAGAAAUGUCACUUCUUUGAAUUACACUCCAUAGAUUCUGUGCUUGGUUGAAACCCUGUCAGACUUUGCUAUAAUGGGUUUAACGUGCUGGACAGGGCGGCUGAUGUAUUGAUUAAGCCACUUUGUAGGACUUCAACAAGAAAUCAACAUUAAAGUUCAUUUUCUGGCCUUGAAACAGUUUGAAGCACAGACCUUAACAUCUACUGCUUUCCUUUUCCAGAGCUUUCAAAACUCUCAAGGUUUUAUAAGCGGGUGGUCCACUUGACCAGAUAUUAUUUUGGCAGUCUCUGCCUUUGGCACCUCUUUAAAUGAUGUAUUUUAUUUAUUCAUUUGAAAAAUGUUCUGCCUGUGAGGUUCAGCGUUUUGGUCAAGGACGCCUCAGAAAGUUUGUGCUUGAUCCAUGUUUGUCUACUGACAGACAACCUCUGUUGUUAUAAAAGCAGUAAAUUAUCAUCCUGUUUUAAUAAACAAAACCUCUAAAAGUUCA